CCUCGGUGGAGCUGGAGGUGGUGGCUGGGGAGAGGGAUGUGUGGGGAUCAUUGCUUAGCCUGCUGCCCCCGCGACCUGGCCCAGGAUAAGCUGUGGAAAAUGAAUGAAUGAAUGAAUGAUCGAACAUAACCGUUUUCAUUUUAGAAUGCUGUCCAGUCUCAGCCUUCAAAAGAUGAUCGUCGGCUGCCGAUCACCGCUACCGAUGCUACUCUUAUUACUCCCCCUGUGUUGCACUGAACCAAACUACCACCAGAGGGCGCACAGUUCCUCGAACUCCGUUCGCCUCGCCAGGAGGAUACACGCGCGCGUCCGCGCUCUCCUGUUGCAAUAUAAAUUAGAGGAAUUGGGAGACUCAGAAUUUGAGGACCGAAGCCUCUCUUUGCAGGGCUUGCCAUCCUUGAAAACAGACUAUUUCCACUGGCUGCAUAUGCAGGACUCGGAGCGACUCAGGGGCGCCGUCCAGGGCCUGAAGGUCUUUUGGCAUCACCUGGACCAGAAGAGGCAGCAGCUUGAGCAGGAAAGCAGGGGCCAGCUGGGCACAAUCACUCGCUCGAUGCAGAAGGUGCAGCUGGACGUUCGGGACCUCAUCUACCUCAUUAAGAAACAGCUAAUCCAGGUAAGGCCUGCUGAUAGCUCCCUAUCCAACCACGAGCCACCGACAGAAGCCCCACCUCCUUUGUUCCGGGCAAGACUGGCCUGGCACAAGCGUCUGGAGGGUUACGUGGUUCUGCGGGACCUGGAGCUCUACCUCCGCAGGCUGGUUCGGGACUUCCUGCUGCUGAAGGGAAGACGAAGCAGUUAGCAGGGGAGGGUCGAGGGGCCGUAGCAGAGGACGGCCCCCCCCCAGGAUGGAGAAAAGCACAAGCGUUGGCCCCACGCAGCCGCCAGUCACUGUCAUGCUCAUCCCAGCCACAUGUCACUUUCGGUUUUUGUGUUGAUCAACUGUCUAACUUUUUAAAUUUUCCCGGCUGUUGCCAGGACAUUUCAGAGACUUUCCAGUUCGCAA